AUGACAGCCUGGUUACCGGAAAAGGCGUGUCCGUCCUUUCUGAUUGAUCCUUCGCGGUCACCUGCCUCGAGAUGUGAGAGCUGGGUGUUGGUGGAUCAUCAGUAUAAUAUCUACCUAUAUAGAGAAGGGGUGCUGCGGACUGCUUCAGAGCCAUAUAAUGCUGAUAAUUUCCAAGACAAAACCUGCCAUUUGACCAAUCACUGCAUUCAAAAGGAAUACUCAAAGAACUACGGAAAAUAUGAAGAAGGAAAUGAGAUGUUCUUUGAGGAGUUCAAUCAGUACCUAAUAAGUGCUUUGAAUAUAACACUGGAAAGCAGCAUCUUACAACAAAUCAAAAACAUAAUAAGGAGCUGCCUUGUGAGCGUAGAGCCUGCCAUCAGCACCAAGCAUCUCCCCUACCAGAGCUUCCAGCUCUUCGGCUUUGACUUCAUGGUGGAUGAGGAGCUGAAGGUGUGGCUUAUUGAAGUCAACGGUGCCCCCGCUUGUGCUCAGAAACUGUAUGCAGAGCUUUGCCAGGGCAUCGUGGACAUAGCCAUAUCCAGUGUUUUCCCGCCCCCAGACACGGAGCAGCAGCCUACCCAGCAGGCUGCCUUCAUCAAACUCUGA